GGAAGUCAACAAGGUUUCUGUUUCACUGAUCACAAGAGAUAUUGCCAAACAUGGAGACCAAAAUUGUCAAGCAUUCGAACGUUCUCCUUUAUGGCUUUUCUUUCCAUUUGAUUCUCACCCUGGGCUCACUUGGUUUUACGUGUUACUCAUUGAACCGACUGGACAGUCGUCUAACAGCUAUUGAGCAAAAUUUGAUGCUGAAAAGUACUCCAUAUCAACACGCAAAUGGUGCGACUAUUAAAAUUACCUCUGAGAACGCGCCUGGAAGUGGAUGGAAGACGACGGACCAAAUCGUCAAAAGAGAUAUUUCAAGUCCUUCUAUCUGUAGCAAGUGUAGAACGGUUUGUUCCAACUCGAAUACACAACAAAAUAAUAAGACACUGGAUAAAGGUCAAGAGAAGAUCGUUUGCAUUGAAGGUCGCACUGGACCUCAAGGUCCACCAGGCUCUCGUGGACCAGCAGGUCCCCAGGGACCUCCCGGUAGAAAAGGAAGAAAAGGAAAAAAGGGGCCACCGGGUCCCCAAGGGAAGCGUGGAAUCAAAGGACUACCAGGACCCCCCGGAAAAUCAACAGAUUCAAAAAGGGGAAGUAAUGUGCGGCAGUUAGAAAAACCACAUUUCACUACAAAACCUUCCUCUUUGACGGUUAGAGAGAAUCAAAAUGUGAUAUUGUCUUGUAAGGCAGCUGGGUUUCCAAAGCCCAUAAUAACGUGGUAUAAAAACGGACGAGUGAUCGAGCACGAGAGGAAGCAAUUUGAAGAAGGACACCUGGAAUUUAGAAAUAUCCUUUUUGAAGAUCGUGGUCUCUAUACCUGCACCGCAGAGAAUAUUUUGGGUAGAGAAAAAAUAACCGCAAAUAUCACAGUACAAGUACCAACAAAAUUCGUAAUUAAACCAGAGAUAUCUGUGACAGCUUACACAGCACGGGACUUUACUCUAAAAUGCGACAUAUUUGGCCACCCUACCCCCGUGGUAACAUGGAAAAGAACGCACGGUGAACUCCCUGUCAGCAGGCAUGUCAUUUCUGGCAACAAGCUGACAAUUCGCAACACGACAAAAGAUGAGUUUGGAAACUACAUUUGCCAAGGGGUGAAUCCGUUACAAAGUGUGAUAGGUGUGAUAUGGGUUGUGGUUAAAGAUCCAGUGAAUCCUUACAUUGUUUCGAGCCCUGUAAGUAAAAUACAGGUGCAGCGUAUUGGCGAAUCUGUUAACUUAAGUUGCUCCGCUGGUGGUACUCCUUUACCGAAAAUCCAAUGGAUCAAGGACGGACGACGAGUAAAAUCAACAGCAGAACACCACAGCAAUGGUUUGAUAAGGAGUGAGCUUGUCAUUCAUCAGUUCAAGCCGAACGAUGCUGGAAACUUCACAUGUCUAUUCUAUAAUGAUAAGAAUGCUACAGCCGAAGCUAGUACAGUUUUAGAUUUAAUCAAUUGUGGCAAUCCUGGUUCUCCACUCAAUGGACAAAAACAUGGCUCGCACUAUUGGACAGGGGAAUCUGUGUCUUUCACAUGCAUGCCAGGAUAUCGACUCAUUGGGCCGUCUAUGAGACUUUGUCUUCCAUCUAGUCAGUGGAGUGGAAUACAACCUUCAUGUCAAAGAGUAUGUCCUCCAUUGAAAAAACUGGAAAAUGGCUUCACUCACGGACAGCAAAACUGGGAAGGGGAACGUAUUUCAUUCAGUUGUCAGCAAGGUUACUUGCUUAGAGGAUCAUCAGAACGUCACUGCUUGGGUAAUGGAUCAUGGACAGGAGAGCAGCCUACUUGUGCAUAUGUGGCGCCAGGCAAUGCCUAUGCUCUGUAUUUCCCGGGAAAAGGAACGAGCGACUAUGUUAUCUCUGGAGGUAUGCCAAGGCUAAAUGCCAUGACAGUUUGUUUAUGGAUGAAAACCACUGCAAGUAACGAAGGAGUACUGCUGAGCUACGCUGUUUCUGGCCAGGACAACGAACUGCUUCUACAUGACUAUAGGGAUUUUCUUGUCUGGGUCGGAGGCUCAAACAGACGUACCUCUGUAUCAGCAAAUGAUGGAGACUGGCAUCACAUUUGCACAACGUGGGAGAAUAUCGCUGGAUCAUGGAAAUUGUUCAAAGAUGGUCGAGUUGCAGCUUCCGGUCACGGCCUCGCAAAAGGUCACUGGAUCCGCGGAGGUGGCGUCCUUAUUUUAGGACAAGAGCAAGACUCUCUGGGGGGACAUUUUGAAGCAAGCCAAAGUUUUAUCGGUAAACUCACAGGUGUCAACAUUUGGGGUCGCGUGAUAAGAGAAGAUGAAAUCAUGCGCAUGUCUAAGAAGUGCCAGAUAGGAGAAGGGGACCUCUUUCAAUGGCGCAACUUCCAAACUAAUGUGCAAGGCUCAGUGAGGUCAAUUUACCCAUCCUGCUAAAGUCCAAAGGAGAUGGACAGUACACCGGCGGAACGUACGUCGUGAGCCGCAUCGAAAGUGACUCCAUUGAUUGUUUUUGUUGUUGUUGCAGCUUUUUUCUUCUCCGUUUCAAAAAAGGAGAAGGAUAUAAUAUUGUUUGCUAAUUAAAUUAACCUAUAUUUCAUACAUCAAUAUACACAAAAAUAAAAUUGCAUGAGAGAAAAAGAGGAAUCGUACGAUAAAAAUAAAAUAAAAUAAAAUAAAAAACAGAAGAUAUCGAUAGUGCAGGGUUAAAGUAGGAAAGUAAUUAAUACUAAGAAGAUUAAUACAUGAAAAGUGCUGUUUAAAGAGUGUCCAAAAGACUCCAUAGUCAGACAUAAAAAACACUCCAUUACUUUAUGACAGAAAUGGAUGUGGAAUAUUUUUAAGCCUUGUGACCAAAGUUAAUGCUAUUUUUUUAUGACUAUUAAUAGUUUCAUUAUCUACUCCUGCAUAUGACUGCAUAUGCUCACAAUAAUAAAAACUUUUCAUGGAUAUUUAACCUCCAUCAAUUCAACUGAAUUCUUUCCCUUCAUUUUCAUUGGCACAUUGUUGAGCAAGGAUCAUUCUACGUAAUCUUCAGGCAUCCUGUGAGAGACCAAGGCUAUCGACGCCUUUACUUAAAAUCCCAUCCAAAUCGACAGCUAAGUGGAAACUGAUAGUUUUACCUGCCACUUGAAAUUUUCUCAAAUAGAUUUUCCCGCGAUCCUCGCAAAAAAUGUUUUUUAUCGAAAUUCGAAAGAUAGAAAAGGUACAACUGUUUUCCUUCUAUAUGAUCCUUUUUAGUUUCGAGUCAUAAUUGUAUAUCAGUUGGGCCUAAAUGGCGUCCAAGGAAGUUCUUCGAAAAACAAACAAACAGAAACAAAAAUUAGGAGUAUGGUUGAAUUUCGUUCCGAUAAUGAAAGAGAGUUGUUAUCUUGGCGCCUCGUGAGACUGAGCUUCUAAAGAGAUUUUUUGCACUCCUCCUUAUGUUCAUCGUGAAUUUAAAAAAUUUGAACAUUCCGCCAUGAAUAGCCAUGAAAUUAAAUUAUUUUAAGCGCAAAGAAGAGCGCAAUGUUUACAAAAAUCAUUUUGUGAGGUCUUAUGAGAUCGAAAAAGAAGAUUUGAGUGUUUAAAAGACGAGAUAGUGAUUCGUUUUUGCACGCGAAGCCCUCAAACUCGUGCAAUAAUUUGCUGCUAAAAAUGACGAUUUCA